AUGUUCACGCCAAUUCAUACCUCGCUCGGUGCACUGCUCUUGUUUGAGGGGUCUUCGGGCCUGCUCUUUCACAAUGGUGCGGUCUUCGGUAUCUCAUCCUUGGUAUCGGGAUCCGUGUUUAGCCCGAGUCGUGACAAUGUACCAAUUGUCGCUGGAUUGAUGUCCAGUGUGCUUCCAGUGUAUCUGCUGGCGCCAUCUUUGAUACCAAGUUACCCUGCUCCUCCAAAUUCAUUCGCUUCUGCGAUGACAACGUUGGGUGUUGGAAUCUUACUGGGCUGGGGAACCAAGAACAGUCGCGGCUGUACCUCGGGACACAUGCUCUGCGGGUUAUCACGUCUCUCGCCACGUUCAUUGAUCGCAACAGCCGUCUUCUUCACCUCUGCCCUAAUCACCGCAAACUUCGCAUACGGAGGAUCCAACAUCCCUUCAUGCGGAUCAACCCCUUGCUAUACACCAACCUACCCAUCAUCAACUGAGCUGGUCUUCAUGGCUGUUACAGUGUUGCUUUCUAGCCUAACGAACUUUGUUGUUGUUCCGAAGAUGAUUCAACGGUCCGAGGCAUCCCGUAUCAUCUUCUCCUACCUUGCAGGACUGGAGUUUGGACUUGGCCUCUUGAUCUCCGGCAUGGCGGACUCAGCUAAAGUGUUGAGGUUCUUUGCUUUCCUGACAGACGCGUCUCGCUUUGACCCGUCCCUGGCACUGAUCAUUCUCUUCGGCAUCGGGCCAUCAUUGUCGGCAUACCUAGUGCAGAGUCCAGGCCAUGUUGCGGAAACCGAGAAGAAACCAACAAAACCGACGCUGGCCGAACGGUGGAGACUUCCCAGUGCCACAGUCGCCGACAUUGACUGGCGCUUUGUGGCUGGGGCUGUGGCGUUCGGGGUUGCGUGGGGAUUGAGGGGAGUCUGCCCCGGCCCGGCAGUCUUGCGCUCGGUACUUCAGCCGACAUGGGGGCUGGCAACAAUGAGUGGAUAUAUCCUAGGCAAUCUGUUCUAG